AUGCCCGUGCUUGCGUGCAAGUUCAUCAAAGACAUGAUCAAUGCCGGACUACUGAACAAGGCCGACACCGAGUCCCCCAUGCAUGUCGCCAAUGCAUGCAUGAAAAACGUUCAAGGCUGGGAUUUGAAGUCUGAGAUCAACGACAUCCAACGACAGCUUGAAGUGAAGGCGUGUGGUUGCGCUACCGAGGUGAGGCGGCUUGUGCAACUCCUUUCGAAGUACCACACAGGCCCUGCAACGCCUUGCGUAAUCGAGGGUUACGCAGUCCCUACGUCUCCAACACUGGUCCCUACGUCUCCAACACUGGUCCCAACCGACCUCGACAGCGAUGCAACAGAACUCAUCACUUCAGUCCUCCCACCCGAGUUAUCGUCCGAAGCCCAUCCAAAAGCCUUCGUCCCACCAUCUUCGUCGCUCCAUGCAGUCCCUCAACUCCCCUUACUGCCAACCCCCGCCCCCACCCCCCUCAAAACCCCCUGGCGUAUUAACGUCAUCGCUCUGCACAGAACCCCCGCCCCCACCCCCCUCAAUGCACUUAUCCGCGACAGAAACGAGUCAAACGUCCAACGACCUGCACACCACGUCAAGCUCAUUGAUCCAGCCAGCGCCCUAUGGACAAGAUGUUGA